GUGAAGAAGUUUAUCCCAGUAUGAGCUUUUUUCUGUUCUGUAAGGUUUUUUUUUUACUGGCUAAAACAUAAAUAAAUAAGUCUGAAGGAGAGUAAUAUUGUUUCUCGUAUGAGGAAAGCGAUGAGACAUCGGUCAACUUCACCUCCGCUUCAUGUCCACGUCAGUGACGACACACCGGUCCAUGUACACAUAAAGAGUUUCAGAAAGAGUCCAAACAAAACACAGCAGGGGAAGAUCAAAACAGAUGCAGGAAGUCUCCGUCCCACAGCCACGGUCAGAACCCGCGUGCCAUGGAUUCCCCCGGGUAAAACCUCCAUACGUGACUCGGCGUUCAAGUGGGAGGGUCUGACACACCGCCUCGAGAUUGUACCACCACUUCCAGAACCAGAACCAGAACCAGCAUCAGAGACCCAACAUUCUCCUCUGCGAUUGGCUGACCUGGCAACAGACGAGGAGGAGGAGCAGGGGGAGGGACUACACGGACGAAUCAGCCAGUACGAGAGGAAGAUUGACAGUUUAAUGACAGAAGUCGGCUCUCUGAAGAACGAGGUGGAACUCCGUAAGAAGGCGCAGCAGCUGGAGCGUCAGUCGGAGCGGCUGAGUGCGUCGAAGCGAGUGAUCGCGGAGCAGGAGGAGGAGCUCGCCGAGGUCACCAAGGAGCUGGUGGAGACGGAGCGGGAGAACUCGCGCUUACGCCAGUCCAUGGAGAAGAUGCUGGAGGAGAGCGACGUCCACAGACCGGACAGAACUCCUCAGGACAAAGACGCUCUGCUCAGGAAGCUGAUGGAGGCCGAGGUGGACGGAGUGGCCGCCGCCAAACAAGUGUCCGCUCUCAGAGAGUCUGUGUCCAAACUGGGCGGAGCCACAAGAGCGUCGGCUGCUGAGGUUUCAGGCCUGGAUCAUCAGAAGAUGAUGCUGCUGCAGAAACUGGAGACGUUUGAGAACACGAACAGAGCUCUGAGGCAUCUUCUCAGGGAGCAGCACGGAUCCAAGAUGGAGUCAGUGCGACUGUCGGAGCAGAAGGAUGAUUUACUGAAGAGACUGGGAAACACAGAGGCCGACAACGCUCUUCUUGUGGUGAAACUUCAAGAGAGAGAGAAAGAGGUCGAUGAGCUCUCCAGACUCCUGGACACGGAGAAGGACAAUUCCAAGAGCACGGUUCAUUUGUCCAAGAGUCUGGAGUCGACACGAGCUCAUUUACAAGGACAGCUGCGCAGCAAAGAGGCCGAGAACAACCGACUCGUUGUUCAGAUAAAGAACCUGGAGCGAGCGGCCGAGCGUCAGAAAGUGGAGCUGGAACAUCUGAAGGAGCAGCUGACGAGGCAGAAGCAGCAGGCGAGCGCUGACCGAGACGCUCUGAAACGAGCCACGAGAGUCCAGAAACAGAGAGCGGAGCGCUGCCAGGACACCACGGGACAGCUGAGCGUCCAACUCCUGGACAUGGAGAAGCAGUUGACUGAAGCUCUGUCCACAGCUGAAAGUUGGCAAAGUCUUCACACACAACAGGUGAAAGACAAGAGUAAACUGGAGAUGGAAGUGUCGCUGCUCAACAGUCGUAUUUCAGAGCUGACGGAGCAGAUUCGCAGCGCGGAGGAUAAAAGUCGUCUGGAGAGAGAGACUCUGCUGGACCGACUGCACGUCCUGACCACGGAGAACACGGCAGCCAAACUGGACAACCAGGCUCUGAAGGUCUCAGCGACCACGGUGGACGAGAAGCUGCUGGUGUCUCAGUCUGAGCUGCAGCAGGUCAGAGCUUCCAUCAGGCAGUAUGAAAGUCUGCUGGACAGCUACAAGAUCCAGGUGGGAAAAACACGAGCCGAGGCCGACGACUUCGCUGCUCGUCUGGCUCGGGCGGAGCAGGCGGCUCAGGCCGUGCGGGGGAAACUGGACCAGGAGGUGGACGAGGUCCGUCGGGAGCUGCAGGGACGUCUGGCAGAGCUGGAACCCCUGCCCGACGCUCUGCGCCGCGCCGAGCUGCGGCUGCAGGAGGCUCAGGACCGAGAGCGCGGUCAGGAGAGACGCAGCGCCGAACUCGGCAACAACCUGACCGAACUACGCAUGAAGGUGGAGACGCAGGGAAACCACAUGGAUCUGCUGAGACAGAAGAACAAGGUUCUGCUGGAGGAGAACAGACGGCUGCAGCAGCGAGUGGAGACUCUGGAAAAGACGUUGGAGGAUUCCAGCGCUCAGAACAGCGAGCUGCUGUCAGUCCUCAGCAAGCGUGAAGACGCCGUUCACAGCAAUCAGCUCCGCCUGGAGGAGAAAACCAGAGAGUGUUCCCUGCUGAGCCGAGGUCUGGAGGAGGCUCUGGACGACGCUCGACGACAGGUGUCGGAGAGCCGAGAACGUGCUUCCACCAAAGAACGCUCCACCCAGGCCAAGAUCGUGGAACUGGAGACGCAGCUCAGCAGAACCACGUCAGAAAUCAACCAACUGCGACGUAGCAAAGAGGAGGCGGAGCGGCGAUACCAGAGUCGACUCCAGGACAUGACGGAUCGUCUGGAGCAGUCGGACAGCACCAACCAGAGCCUGCAGAACUACGUCCAGUUCCUCAAAGAGUCGUACACCAACGUGUUUGGAGACGUGGUGGUCAGCAGCUCCCUGCAGGCUCCUCCCUCUCCCAUCUGACCGUCCCACCAUCACACAGUCAGGGUUAUAACCAAACGAGAACCCGAAGGACCUGGAACACAGGAGCUGUGGUGGGUCGGAAACGCAGAAUUUUCCCAAACCUUAAAAAGCCUCAGCGCUGCUCUCAAAACAUAUCUCAACCAGAGAAGGAGAAAAAUGAGAGACAGCGGUCGAGAUGAGGUAAAACAUAGAGCAGUUUCUCCCCAAACUUUAUAUUUGAGGACUGUCGUUACCCAAAUCACA